UGAUCGAAACUGACAGCUUGCCUCUCACCUGUCUGGACGUCAGCACAAGUUGGCGGCUCGGUGGUUACCGUGUGUGUUUUUCAGUCAAAACUGAGCCCAGAAUCUUUUAUUCUGCUUUUAUCUUUCGUUUUAGACGUUUACGGAAAGUUCGCGUUUGUCGUAGCCGAGAUAUUUCCGGGUUUGGACGGGUUUUUAUUUGUUUAUUAUUAUAUUUAUUUACCCCCGACGCCUCCUUUCCUAUUUGGGCAAUAUGCACAUCGUGGAGAUUGAGUUGUCAGAAUUAAAAACGAAUGGGAGCGACGCUCUGGAAAGUUUGGUGACCACAGGUAACGGUGACAAUCACCCCACAGGAUGCGAGGAAACGUCGGGGCUCCUGGGCGCUCAGAGGAACGGUUGCAACGGCGAGACGAUGCCUUCAGAACGCGUCGCAACCGAGGAAAUCUCAAGCUCUAAGGAGAGCGCGGUGGACAGGGUGAAGCGGGAGCUGAAAAAGGUUGUGUGCGGCGGCAAAGUGCGUCUGUGGAUGGUCCUUCUCAUGCUCCUCGUCGUCCUCGUAGCUGUCAUUCUCAUCUCUCUGUCUCUGUGCUCGGUCGUGUACCGGGACCCCGACGAGAAGUUCAACCGCUCAACGUUCCGAGUUCCUCGCCUCUUCAACGGCAGCUUCGUUCUACCGGGCCUCAACUUCACCGAGGACCUUCUCAGCUUUUCGUCCAAUCGGAGCCGAGACCUCACCGGCGACCUGCAAGGCAAGCUGUCAAACGUGUACACAUCCUCUCCGGCGCUCGGACGCUACUUCUCCAAAGCGGAAAUUCACACUCUCCGGAACGGCUCGGUGAUCGCAGAGUACCAGCUGACGUUCUUCAUGCCCGAGGAGCACCAGGAGCAGCUGAGGAACUUCACGCUGAGCCGGAAGAUGGUUUACAACGUGCUCCGGCAGUUCCUCUACGCGCAGGACCGCGCCGCUCCCUCGGCUUUGUACAUCGACCCCGUUUCCCUCAAGUUGUCAUGAGGUGCGUUGACGCCGUGGUUUGUGCGUCGCAGAAGCACACGUAGUCACGCAAAAUCGUCUUCCAAGGCCAAAUCUUUUAGGGGGAUGUCAUAAUAUUAGGGACGCCUGCACAACGUCACAUGAUGAGGCGCUCCCCAGAGUGGUUGCCACAAUCACGGAACAAAUGUAAACCAACAAGUAUGACACUCACAUGGGCCUUUUCCAGUCUUCCAAUCACCUCACAUGUAAGUUUGUGGGAUUCAAACCUCGAUCUCCUGACUCCGAGGCUGGCCCGCUCACCACUUUAUGUCGUGCUGCUAAUUCGAAUCACAAAAUAUGAUGAACAGAUUAUUGAGUUUGAAUUAAUAGAUGGAUUGAGGCUUGUACAUACUAGAUACUUAAUUAUUUAAUCAGAAAAUGCAAAAAUUGUGUGCAAAUCUGAGACUGGGGGUCACAAAUGUAAGAUCAUUGUCAAACAAAAGAGUAUUAUUCUUUGCAAUGGCAAGUUGUGUGUAUGUCUUACAUAUUUUUUAUCAUAAUCAGUGUUGAAUAUUUGCAAGAUGACGGAAUUAAGGUAUCUGAUUAUGAUCCCUCUUUUUGUUGUAAAAUGGAGGAUUGUUGUUUACAUUGUGUAAAUCUUGCAGUGUUUUCUCUACUUGAACACUAGAGGGCGCACUUGUUCCUCCCCCACGGUUUCCUGUCCAAUCUUUGUCGAAUUUGAUCAUUGCUGAUGAAUACGGAAGUACACUUCUCAUGAUAUAUAUUUUUUAAAUUAUUGGUCCAUAUUUUGCGUGUUGUUAAAAAAAUGGAUAUGUAUUUGAAAAAACAAAUCACAAAACUUAACUGUAAUACAUGAGUGCAAUGUUUACUGUCCAUUGACCAACAGUGUUUGCCCCAAGGAACUUGUUUUCAAUAAUAAAAAAAAUAAUUGGAUAGGAAAAACGUCCACAUUUUUUAUAAUAUAUAUAUAUAUAUAUAUAUAUAUAUAUAUAUAUAUAUAUAUAUAUAUAUAUAUAUAUAUAUAAUAAACCAAGUUCCUGUCACCAAAUAACACUUGUAAUUUAUUAUGUAAUUUUUUUUUCUUAUAUUAGAUGGGGUGUCUGUACAUGCUGCCCCGCCCAAAACCUCGCCAGCGUAUUUAAUCAGCGGCACUAACUGGAUCAAAGCUGUCUAUGCCAAAUUGUCGUGAACAGACAUCCUAACACUAAUUUGUGUUCAUUAAUCUUAUUACCUCAUCGCUACCCAGGUCAAUCGAGGUUAUCCCUAAUGCUGACAUUAAUUAAAGGCCUAACAUGCUGA